AUGGCCGCAAGAUUUGUAGCCAAAAUAGCAACAAUUGAAGUGAAUGAUACCCGGUACUCGUUCGCCCUCCCUCGAUCAGGGCCCGCAGUGAAUCUUGCGUUAACUAAAGUCAAAAAGAAGUAUGGUGAUACGAUUGACUUUCGGGUCACUUUUCGUAACAACACUUGCAACAGCUACAGAGUCGGUGCCAUAGCAGCAGAUGUAUACUACAACGAGGGAGUCACAGCUUUCAUCGGACCAGCAUGUGGGGACGCUGUGGAAAUCCUCGGGUUUAUGGCGGCGGACUGGAAUAUCCCUCUUAUAACGCCUGGCGGUAACACAGAUGUACUCCAGAAUACGCAAUACCCCACUGUCACUAAGUUAUCUCCGUUUGGGCUAUUUACUGACUUCACGCAGAAAAUUCUGGAGAUGUACCGCUGGCGUCAUAUAGCCCUUUUGUAUGACAACAGCGACAGAGAUGCAGAGUCCAGCCGGAUGGGCAGGGUAUUCCAUCAGAUGUUCAAAACUUCCAUCUUUGAUGUUUCUCAUCUGCCCCUGAGAAAGAAGCGCUUGAAUCCCAAAGGGUAUAGGUACAUUCUAGAACAGGGGAGCGAGAAUGCCAGGGUCUUCAUCAUCCAUGCGCCUGCUGACGUUGUUCGCGACAUCAUGCUGAUUGCCCACGACAUGGGCUACACCAAUGGCGAGUACGUCUUCAUCAUCACAGUUGCUCUGCUGGAGACCGUCACGCCUUAUGUCUGGCAGAGAGGGGACGAGAACGACGAGAAGGCACUGGAAGCCUUCCAAAGCGUUUUCUUCCUGGCUUUGAGAGAGUCGAAAACCAAGAAAUAUGAACUCUUCAAGGAGACGGUCGUUGCCAACGCCCUCGAAAACUGGGACCUCGACUUCGGCGACGAUGUCCCAGGCGAGUUCAUCGUAGGCUACCACGACGCCGUCACCCUGUAUGCCCAAGUGUUGUAUGAAACACUUCAGGAGGGAGGCGAUCCGUACAAUGGAACAGCCAUGACAAGGAAAAUGUUGAAUAGGACCUUUCCGGGGAUAGACAGGAACAUCUCACUGGAUGAAAAUGGCACUCGGGAUGGGGACCUCUUCCUACUCGAUUUAACUAAAGCCGGGAGAGUCAUUGUGAGUGUUUUCAAUCAUCAAGGAUAUACUGAUUAA